GGGCACAGCCUUACCGAGAAAAAGAAGAAGAAGAAGCGACUUUUUUUUUUUUUUAUCAUGGAGCAGCGGCAGUGAAACACAAAAGUUCUAUGAAGCAGCCGAGUCAGGCAGGGACCGACCCGACCAGACCCUGGUGUCGAUAUCCACAAUCGUAACAUUUCUCACUGUUCUGCUCCCGUGCUCCCGAUUAUUGGCCGACGUCUUGCGCCAUGAAUCGACCGAAGCCGACCAGCAUUAGGCGCCCUAGUGGUGCCAAAACCUCAGGCCACGCUCCUCCAGGAGACUUCAUCGCUUUGGGGGCCAAAAGCCAGGCCAGCGAGACCAAAGCAAACCCGACUCUGCUCAAACCAGCAUCCACAGGUUUACCACCAGACCGCAAGAGAGAGGCGUCCUCGUCUUUACCCUCCUCUUCAGGCCUGUCCAACCUGACGAAACGCCCCAAGCACCCUUCCAAUCCACCCAGCGCACUGUCACGUCUGGCUGAAGUAGCUGCCGUCGACAAACGAGCAAUUUCACCCUCGAUCAAAGAGCCGUCUGUGGUUCCUAUUGAAGUUCCUCCGGCGGUAUUACUGGAUGAGAUCGAGGCAGCGGAAUCUGAAGGCAACGAUGAGCGCAUCGAAGGACUGCUGUGUGGUGCAGUCAAACAGCUGAAGAUGAACCGGGCCAAGCCUGAUAUCACACUCUACCUCAGCCUCAUGUUCCUCGCCAAGAUCAAACCCAACGUGUUUGCAACUGAAGGAGUCAUUGAGGCUUUGUGCAGCCUACUUCGGCGUGAUGCCUCCAUUAACUUUAAGGCUAAAGGGAACAGCCUGGUGUCCGUUCUGGCCUGCAAUUUGCUGAUGGCAGCGUACGAAGAGGACGAGAACUGGCCUGAGAUCUUUGUCAAAGUGUACAUCGAGGACUCUCUUGGCGAGAGAAUCUGGGUGGAUAGCUCCCACUGUAAAACAUUCGUAGACAACAUACAGACUGCAUUUAACACCAAGAUGCCCCCAAAGACCAUGCUGCUGCAGGCUGAAACGGGCCGCUCCGGAGGAGAUCUGAGCGCAGGAAACAGUCCUCACCCUUCCACUCCAGACGAGGACGACAAUCAAGCUGAGCUUCUAAUUGCAGAGGAGAAGUUUAGUCCGGAAGAGGAAGGGCAGGUCAUGCCCAGGUACGACGAGCUGGCAGAUAGCGUGGAGGACUAUGUCCUGGACGUAUUAAGGGACCAGCUGAACCGCAGACAACCCAUGGAUAACGUGUCACGGAACCUGCUGCGUCUGCUAACGGCCACCUGCGGCUACAAGGAGGUGCGACUGAUGGCUGUCCAGAGGCUGGAGAUGUGGCUGCAGAAUCCAAAGCUGACGAGACCAGCGCAGGACCUCCUCAUGUCUCUGUGCAUGAACUGUAGAACUCACGGAGCUGACGACAUGGACGUGAUCUCCAACCUCAUCAAGAUCCGUCUCAAGCCGAAAGUCCUCCUCAAUCAUUACAUGCUGUGUGUCCGGGAGCUUCUGAAUGCACACCGAGAUAACCUGGGCACCAUGAUUAAACUCGUGAUCUUUAACGAGCUGUCCAAUGCUAGAAAUCCUAACAACAUGCAAGUGCUUCAUACGGUCCUGCAGCACAGCCCAGAGCAGGCCCCGAAGUUCCUGGCCAUGGUAUUCCAGGACCUACUGACCAACAAGGAUGAUUACCUGCGAGCAUCUCGUGCCCUGCUCAGAGAGAUCAUCAAGCAGACCAAGCAUGAGAUCAACUUCCAGUCUUUCUGUCUGGGCCUCAUGCAGGAGAGGAAGGAGGCCUCGUAUGCUGACAUGGAGUUUAAAGAGCGUUUUGUUAUCCAGGUGACGGAUCUGUUAACCGUAUCCAUGAUGCUGGGCAUCACAGCACAAGUCAAAGAAGCUGGCAUUGCAUGGGACAAGGGAGAAAAGAAGAAUCUGGAAGUGCUCAGAGCUUUUCAGAACCAGAUUGCUGCCAUCCAGAGAGAUGCUGUUUGGUGGCUGCACACUGUGGUUCCAUCUAUCAGCAAACUGGGACCUAAAGACUACGUGCACUGCCUCCACAAAGUGCUGUUCACGGAGCAGCCUGAGACGUAUUACAAGUGGGAUAACUGGCCUCCUGAAAGUGACCGAAAUUUUUUCCUGCGGCUGUGUUCAGAGGUUCCCUUGCUGGAGGACACGCUGAUGCGCAUCCUGGUGAUCGGCCUGUCUCGAGACCUGCCUUUGGGCCCGGCCGACGCGAUGGAGCUGGCCGAUCACUUGGUGAAGAGAGCCGCAGGAGUGCAGUCAGAUGAUUUGGAUGUGUUGCACGUGGAGAGGAUUCAGCUCAUCGAUGCUGUCCUGAACCUGUGUACAUACCAUCACCCCGAGAACAUCCAGCUCCCUGCAGGGUAUCAGCCUCCGAAUCUGGCCAUAUCAACACUCUACUGGAAAGCUUGGCUCCUGCUGCUCGUGGUAACAGCCUUCAACCCACAGAAAAUUGGUCUGGCAGCUUGGGAUGGCUACUCAACUCUGAAAAUGCUUAUGGAGAUGGUUAUGACCAACAACUACUCCUACCCGCCAUGCACGGUGGCUGACGAGGAGACAAAGACGGAGAUGAUUAGCCGCGAGCUACAGAUCUCCCAGAAGGAGCGUCAGGAGAUCCUGGCCUUCGAGAGCCACCUGGCGGCUGCGUCCACCAAGCAGACCAUCACGGAGAGCAACAGCCUGCUCCUGUGCCAGCUCACCAGCCUGGAGCCCAAGGGUCCACCACGCAGACCUCCACCACACAUCCAGGAACAGCUGAAGAGUCUGAACCAGUCGCUGCGCUUGGGACAUCUCCUGUGCCGCAGCCGCAACCCGGACUUCCUCCUCAACAUCAUCCAGAGACAGGCAUCUUCCCAGUCCAUGCCAUGGCUGGCCGACCUGGUGCAGUCCAGUGAGGGGUCGUUGGACGUCCUGCCUGUUCAGUGCCUGUGUGAAUUCCUCCUUCAUGACGCAGCCGAUGACGCUCCGUCUGCUGACGACGAAGAAGAAGGAGAGAGCAAAGAGCAGAAGGCAAAGAAAAGACAGAGGCAGCAGAAACAGAGACAACUCCUAGGCCGGCUACAGGAUCUGCUGUUGGGGCCCAAGGCAGACGAGCACACGACCUGUGAGGUGCUGGACUACUUCCUGCGCCGACUCAGCUCCUCUCAGGUGGCGUCCAGAGUGCUUGCCAUGAAGGGUCUGUCCUUGGUGCUGUCUGAGGGCGGGAUAAAGGAUGGAGACGAGCGGGACCAUCUGAUGGAGGACGACUCCAGGGAUGCAGAGCUGCUUCCUUCGUAUCAGUGGCUCCUGCAGGACCUGCCCAGACUGCCAUUGUUCGACAGCGUGAGGGGCAUGACGGCCAACGCCCUGCAGCAGGCCAUUCACAUGGAGACUGAUCCUCAGACCAUAAGCGCCUAUCUGAUUUACCUCUCCCAGCAUGCACCAGUAGGAGAGCAGGGCCUGCACAAUGAUCUAGCACUGGAUGUAGCCCGGCUGAUAGUGGAGCGCUCCACCAUCAUGAACAGUCUUUUCUCCAAGCACUCGUGCAGGCCCGAGUCAGACGCCACACUCACUGCCCUCAUCUCCAUCUUCUCCACCUACAUCUGUCGUAUGAGGAAGACCAAGGAAGGAGAGGAUCUUUACAGCUGGUCCGAGUCUCAGGAUCAGGUGUUUCUGCGCUGGACGACAGGAGAAACGGCUACAAUGCACAUUCUGGUGGUCCAUGCCAUGGUCAUUCUGCUGACGCUAGGACCACCCAAAGAAAGCGAGGGCGCUGCGUCAGAGGAGAGCUCGGAAACACCUACACGACUGUCAGUCAUUUCGGGUGAAAGUGACUUCUUCACUCUGCUAGAAAUCUGGUUCCCCGAUAAAAAACCCCUUCCUACUGCUUUCCUGGUGGACACCUCGGAGGAAGCUCUUCUCUUGCCCGAUUGGCUAAAACUGAGGAUGAUCCGCUCGGAGGUAUCCCGAUUGGUUGAUGCAGCGCUGCAGGAUUUGGAACCGCAGCAGCUGCUGCUGUUCGUGCAGUCCUUCGGCAUUCCCGUGUCCAGCAUGAGCAAACUGCUGCAGUACUUGGACCAAGCCGUCUCCCAUGACCCACAGACACUGGAGCAGAACAUCAUGGACAAGAAUUACAUGGCUCAUCUGGUGGAGGUGCAGCACGAGAGAGGAGCAACAGGCGGACACACGUUUCACAGUUUACUCAGUGCAUCACUUCCACCCCGCAGAGACAGUGCAGAGGCGAGCAGGGUGAAAGUGACCGUGGAGACUCCACACAGCUCACUGAAGAUGAGAGCCGUGAGUCAGAUGCCUGUCAUCAGCCCUGACGACGAUCUCACUACUGUCCUGCUGCAGCUGUUUCCUGUGAAGAUGGACCCGCGCUGGCCCACGCCCCCAUCACGCCCUCUGGCUUUGGCUCUGCAGCAGGUUCUCGCUCAGGAAGUGUUGCGGGCACGAAAGGGAAUGGGCCAGCAGGGUGGCACAGCUCCGCGUGUCUUACAGGCCCUAGCAGCCGUGUUUGGGUCGGCCCACGCUGGGCCACUAGUCGUGGCAAUGCGUCAUAGCCAUGCCUUCUCAUGCCCUCUGCUGCGGCAGCUGCACCUCUACCAGCAGACUGCAUCCCAGGAUGUGGCUUUCAGCUCGCUCUUUUUUAAGGUGGUCAUGCAGAUGUUAACCUGGUUGGAAAGCUCUGCACUGGAGGCAGGCCCGCUUAGCAACCUGCUGAAGUCUCUGGUCGCACAAUAUUCCCACAAGCACCACAUCACUGAUGUACGUACAGGGUUCCUGCACCUGGCGGAGGCACUCACGUACAGGCGGGACUCCGAGGUGGCCGUGAGGGGCAUCAUCGCCUCGCUAAGGGCUGGAGAGAAAUGCAAUGCCGAGCCUGAACUCAUCAGGAAAGUCCUACAGGGAUUAAUGGAGGUGAAGUCACCGUACCUGGAGGAGCUGCUAUCCCUACUCAUGACUGUUGGCAUGGAGACAGGAGCCCCCAGUAACACAGCUGGCCCUGUUGCCAUGGUGAUUAUGCUGCUGCUACAGGAGACCGAGGAGAGAGGGGUGAAACUGGAAGCAGAAUCUAAAACCAUUUCUGAAGGGAAGAGAACGGGCUCCAGCUCAGGGCUGUUGGUUGAUUGGCUGGAGCUGCUUGACCCGGAGGUGACCUCUGUGUGCUCGGACCUCCAGCAGAAAUUACUCUUCUCAGUGAACAAGGGCAAAGGCUCUGGACUGUGUCCUGUCCCUUCCUACAGGCCCUACCUGCUGGCUAGCCUCACUCACCAGUCCAACUGGAGCACUUUGCACCAGUGCAUCACCACACUGCUCAACAAGCCUAAAGAGCACAGUGUGGACCCCUCCUCAGCUUUGGAUUUCCUGUGGGCCUGCAGUCAUAUCCCUCGCAUCUGGAAAGGCAGAGACCAGAAAACUCCACAGAAACGCACCGAGAAGUUUGUCUUGAAGCUGACCAGUGACGAGCUGAUCAGUCUGGUGGAUCUGAUCCUGUGGGAGUCGGAGCUGAGCUGGCGCGACACCGGCAAAGCUGAUGAAACACUGGACCAGGCCUCCUGUUCUCUCAUCCAGUCCCGCCUGCCCCUGCUGCACAGCUGCUGCCACAGCGACCCCCAGAAUGUCCACACUGUCUGCGAGUACCUCCUCAACUGCAUCAAGAAGUGGGGGGACAGUGUGAUGAGCAGGAGGUGUGAGAACCUACUGCUGCAGAUAUACCUCCAGUUCCCCGAGGUCAUCCAGCACGUGCGUCUGCCCGAUGCGUCACUGAGCGGAGAGGCCGCUGCCGAUGGAAGCACCUGCAAGCUGGACAUCCUGGUGCAUCGUCUCAUCACACUUAUGGCAGACACCGGAGAGUCCAAAUCGGCAGAGAGUCGUGUUUCGGAUGCGACUCUGGCCUGCAGGAGGCUGGCUGUGUCCCACCCUGUACUUCUGCUCAGACACCUGCCUAUGAUUGCUGCUCUCUUGCAUGGUCGGAUCCACCUGAACCUGCAGGAGUUCAGGCAGCAGCGCCAUCUGACCUUCUUCAGCGACGUACUGGCUAUCCUGGAGUUGCUUCAGCCACGAGUCUUUCACUCAGACCACCAGAGGGCGCUGCAGGACUGCUUGUUGUCCUUUAUUAAAGUCCUACAGAACUUAAGAAGAUUAUCCCGUAUGCCGGUCAUUAACAAGUUUGUGCAGUUCAUUCAGAAAUACAUUACUCACGACGCAGCAGCUGCCGUGCCUUAUCUUCAGAAGCACUCUGAUAUUCUACAGGGUCUUGCGUCCGAGAAUCCCGACCUGGCGCAGUUGAAAUCCCUGCUAGCUGGCCUCACUCUGCCUGUAAAGAUGUGCUCCUCAGACGUCAGUGCAGAGGACAGAGACGCUGACGACUCCUCCUCCGGCUCCUUGCCUCUGGUCAGUAUCUCAGCCUCCACAGCACUCAGCUCAACAGAUAUGACCAAGUACCUGAAGAAACUUUCUGGAGGGGAAUCCAUUGAAGAUGUGCUGGACGUGCUGACUGAGGUGGACGAGAAGUCAAAGAGAAAUCCGGAAAUAGUCCAGUAUUUUGUGAACGAUCUGCAGAGGUUGAUGAGUUCGCCUGAGGAGCUGUGUCGCAACAUGGCCUUUAGUCUGGCGCUGCGCUGCAUUCAGAACACUCCCAGUCUGGCGUCAGACUUCCUGCCCACCUUCAUGUACUGCCUGGGCAGCGGGAACUUUGAUGUUAUCCAAACAGCCCUGAGGAACCUUCCAGAAUAUGUGCUCCUCUGCCAAGAGCACGCUGGCAUUCUGCUCCACAAGGCCUUCCUAGUGGGCAUCUAUGGCCAGAUAGACACCAGCUCUGUAAUCGCAGAGUCCAUGAAGGUCCUGCACAUGGAGGCUACAACAUAGGCCUCCAGUUUUACUUUGUUAUUCUAAACACACUUUGAUUUGAGAAUCUUGUGAUUUUUAGCUGCCUUAAAUGUGAAGGUCCUGCUAAAUCGUUUACCAAAAAAAGA